ACUUCUCACUUGUUAACCCACCACGCAGCAACAGUUUGUAAUUACAGGAUGUUGACUUUGAAGACUGCUCUACUAUUGGUAUGCUGUGUGCUGCUCUGGGCGUGGCCUAGCUAUUGUGACUCAAUCGGAGCCGAUUCAAGAAUGCAUGCAUCAAAUCCGAGACAAUUCCAAUCUCCGGAGGAUCUCAGGUCUUAUCUGGACCAGUUGCAGCUGUACUACGCAGUUGCUGGUAGACCCAGAUUUGGAAAAAGAGUUGGGUAUAAUGGCAGACCUAGCAGUUGGGUUCCUUCUCAGGAUUCUCCAGUUGACGAUCAGUUGGAGCAGAUUUACUCUUUCAGAGAAAAAUGAAAAACUCCAGUAGUUUACUCUGAUUUCAAUUUUCUGCAGUUCAUCAAAUGAACAAUACGCUGUAAUAAAACUUGUCUGAAAUUUGAAAAAGCUCUUACAACUCCUAAAUUAUAACAAAAUUUAUGUUGAAACAACAAAACAAUUCACAAAACUUCCUAACUGUAAUGUACCAAUAUGCUACACAGUAAUGUAUUUUGUGAUCUUGCACCACAUGUAUGGAAUUCAUGAAAGAGAUAAAACAUUGGUCUAUCUUUGAAUACAUUUAAAUAUUCACCACUACAGUAUAAAAAUGUAUAUUGAAAAUAGUUUUUCAUUAUUACCCAAUAUGGGCCUGAUAUUCAGUUUCAUUAAAAUCUACUUAAAUUUCUUACUUCAAUGAAAGUUUUUAUACAAUAAACUGGAGAUAUUCACCCAGCUUACAAAGAUAUCCCAAAAUCUGUUGCAACCAUUGAUGCGUAUAAUACGUAUAUAGAUUCCAGUUAUCAGGUGUAUAUGAGCGAGUUUAGAUGAAAAUCUAUUUUGAUCUAUGAAUUGUAGUUGUGUUAAUUUCAUUUUCUAGAAAAUUUGUCAUCAAGGUUGACCAAUGAAUGUUGAAUUUUCUAAUCACAAAAUUAAGUUAGAAAAUAGUUUCAGCUGAAUAUAUAAUAAAUUAUUGUCAUUCCAUUCCAAAUGCUUAACAUUCAUGUGAAAAGCACCUGUGUACUCAAUUGUAUUUCUUGAAUAAACUUGGAGUUCAAAGUGUCUUGUUUCA